AUGGAAGUCAACGACGACGGAGAAAGGCUAGAGAUGGGAUCUGUACUCAUCCCAAAUUGGGCUGAGUUGACUCAAGAAUGUCUCAUCGACAUCUUCUCACGUCUGAGCCAGGACCAAAGAUGGAUCGGACCGAUGCUGGUCUGCAAGACCUGGAUGAACACAUGCGAUGACCCGUCACUCAACACGAUCUUCGAUCUUGAAACUCGAUUUCAGUCAUUUCCCGAGUCAAUCAAUUGGUGGAAUCCAGAAUUUGUGGAUAAGGUCGAUUCCUUACUCCGAGCUAUAGUCGAUCGGAGCGAAGGCGGUCUCACCGAGAUUCGUGUUAGACACUGUACAGACCGCUCUCUAUCUUACGCCGCCGAGAGGUGUCCUAAACUAGAGGUGCUUUGGAUCAAGAGCUGUCGAAAUGUUACAGAUGCGUCAAUGGUAAACAUAGCCUCAAACUGUCCAAACCUCAAAGAACUCGAUAUGAGCUACUCUUAUGGAAUAUCACUCGAUUCUCUGAUAAUGUUGGGAAAGAAUUGCAAGAACCUAAUGGUUCUUAAACGGAAUCUGUAUCCACGACUCAAUCCCCACAUGCCUACAAUUGUAGCGCCACUCGACUAUCUGGCUACAUAUCCUAAGUACGCGAACGUAGAGGCAGAUAUCAUUGCUAUACACAUGCCUCAGCUCAAGCACCUGGAGUUUCGAUACACCACGUUGACUGCUACUGGUCUUGCUUUGAUUUGUGGAAAAUGUCUAGAUCUAGAGUACAUGGACUUAUACGGGUGCAUAUCCUUGAGGAGCGAGGAGAUAAGUGCGUGUACCUCGAGCUUGAAGAAUCUGAGGGAGGUCAAUACGCCUAACUUCAACUUCCCUAUGGCUCUUCUACGUAUGUCAAGACCGGGUCAUCCGAGAUAUGAGUAA